AUGGAUCACAUGUUAGAAGAAAAUUCUUUCAAAGUCGUGAAAUCCUUGGAACAGUCCUCUUUUAUUGCUAUCGCAGUGAAUGCCGUUAAAGACCGACUACAUGCAAUUAAUGCAUGUUGUGUACAACUUCAGGAUGGUCAAUAUAUGAUUGGUGCCGUCGAACCGAAUGAGAAGAAUUUGCAUUUAUUUAUACCUUGCAAUUCACCAGGGUCUCCAAGCACUGUUUACUGGACUGCUGAUCAUCUCGUAAACAAAAUUCUUCCAGAGCCUUCCAAAUACAGAACUCUUAUAAAUACCAUACGUGAAAAACUUCAUUUAAGAUCCGACGAAAAUAGUCCCAGGUUCUUUUUAGUGUUCUUUGAUGCUGAUUGUCGACCGCUUUUCGUGUCUGCUCAUCGAGGGAUAAUUGACGCAGGAGAAUUUGACAAGGAAAUUUCAAAGCGAAAUCAAUCUGUUGCUCCAACUUUCUCCCAGUUUCCUGCAGAUGACUCCGAUUGGCUCCAUGAAAGUGUAAAUUCAGCUAACGACGCGGCAUGGAUUUAA